ACCGAACCCCGGAGCGCGCUGAUGUGGCACUGCACACGUGACCCUGAUGAUUGACAGGUGUCAAACAAACACUCGUCCAGCACGCGCAGAUCACCUCUGUGGAGGAUGCGAUUUACUCAGAAACCUGGGUAAAUAUAUCGCCGCCACGCAGCGUCCGGACGGCACGUGGAGGAAACCGCGGCGGGUGAAGGACGGAUACGUUCCGCAGGAGGAGGUACCGGUAUAUGAGAACAAGUACGUCAAGUUCUUCAAGAGCAAACCCGAGCUGCCCCCCGGCAUGAGCCCCGAGGACACCAACGCCGCCGAGAAACAGAGCGACGCCGCCGGACUCUCCAAAACCGCCAAACGCAACAUGAAACGCAAAGAGAAGCGCAAACAGCAGAGCCAGAGCCAGCCGGAGGACGUGAAGGCCCUGAGCGAGGAGCUGGACGAUAUGAGCAUCAACACAGACGAGAAGACAGCGAGCGACCUGACCGCAGCCUCCGCAGAGAAAGCCAAGAAGAUGAAGAACCUGCGGAAGAAGCUGCGGCAGGUGGAGGAGCUCCAGCAGAAGGUGGAUUGUGGAGAGCUGAAGACCCCCAGCAAGGAGCAGCUGGACAAACUGGGCCGGGGCCAGGCCUUACGGGAGGAGCUGAGGCUGCUGGAGGCGGAUCUGUGACAGAGUUUGUGCGUCAGUCGAAGCUGUAGCCACUUCAUUCUUGUGUUUUAUACAUCAUGAAGAAACAUGGCGGCGUCUUGCGCUCUGGACUCUAGAUGCGGGUCGUCCAGAACUCGCACGAGCGCAGACGUCAUGCGACACUCUGGGAUAGAUUAGAGACUGAUGGACUGUGGUGUCAUCGUUUUUUUUACCACCGUAGUGCAUAACGGCAUGAAAUUACAAUGUGUAGACUUGUGUUAUAUUAAACAUAUAGCAUAACAAUCUUCCUGUUUGAUGUCCCUGUCUGAUCAUCUAGCAUUUUACAGUAACUGAUGUUUUAAUGAAACGAUCAAUCGUGUCGCGAAAACAAACAAAUACAGCCUUGAUCGUGCACUCUUUGACUGUGUGAUGAAGACUAGCAGAAUUCAAUGCCCCUGUAUGAGUUUGUCUUAUAUUUCUAUAUGAUAUAAUCAAUAUCACUGUUUCGAACAUCAGCGCGAUCGCAGAUGUGAUGCUGUCGGUAUUGUUUGUUUACGGCAACCAAAAUCAUUCCAAACAAA